UCUUAGCUUUAUGACAUAAUUAUGAUUAGAGAUUGGAUAUUCAUACUUCUAUAGUCAUGGUAGAUUAACUUUAUUAUCAGACUAUGUACUUCUACAAUCAUAGAUGUAUGCAGCGACAUAUAUUUUUGUGGAUUAAGCAGUUCCUUUCACAUGCUUAAGAAUAACUUUAAAUACGUUUAUACAUGAUUCUGAAGUAAAUGAUUGUUGAUAUUAGGAUGACAGAGCUUAGAGAUGGCCCUAUAAAAAUAGGAUGUGGUUUCCAUACGACGCUACCUAUUGGGAGUCUAGAGGACUGGAUUAUGUCUAUUUGGUGAGGAAAAAUACUCUUAUUCUACAAAAUGAAGUUCCCCUUCUUGGGUAAUCAACGACUUCUCCUGCUUACAACCGGCAUAAUUUAUGGCAAGUCAUGAGAAUCCCAAAUUCCAAUCGAUUAAUUAUAAGUCACCACAGUAUAUUCAUAGCUACAACAGUUAAGAGUUUUACCAUGCUUCUUAAUUUAGUAAGCUGCUAUGAGUUUGUCUGAAUAUCAGUGAGGUGCUCUUAGUUUAUUUUUAAAAUUGAGAAGGAUAUACUGAGUGGGUUGAAGAUUUGAAUCAGAUAAUGAAUUGAUAAGGUCUAUGACAGAUUGUUUUUCAGUUAUAAGAUUUAUCCAAAAUCUAUGACUAAUCUAGGCAAGUACUACAGAAUAUUAUAAACACGGAAUCGUUUUCUUUUACACCAAUGUGAUACAAGUGAGAACGUUAUUCUGUUCAGUGGGAUUCGAGGAAGCUAAGUUAGAUAUUACUAACAAUUUUAUGUCUUUUUCCAUGGCUUGACUCAGUUCUUAUGUGCCGGCAUUAGAAAUAUUCAAUUAAAGAGAAGAUAAUGUCAUAAUGACCUUUGUAAGCUUUGAGACAACUGGACAAAGCUGUGUAUGGGGAUAGAUUUGAAGAUUAGAUACGAGUUAGUUUUAAGAUGUUGAACCUUUAUAAUUCACUUAAUUUGAGCAGAGAUUAAGAUACAACAUAUGUAUAAAUGAAGGUGGACACUCAUGUCCCUUUGUAAAUCACCCGUCUCCACAAUCUUAAAAGUCGCCUCAUAUCCUCUCAAUAUUCACCCAUCUACAUAAAGAUCACUCUUCAGAGUUACCUCAUAUCCUCUCAAUAUUCUCCCGUCUUAGUUUUAAAUUAUGGCUUAGUUCAUGAUGACUUGUAUUAAAUGAACCUUUAGUAUUAUAUUAUAUGACUGAGGAUCUCCUAGGAUUACUUUCCUACACAUUUUAUUACAAUUUAUUUCUGUCAAGCCAUGCUGAGGUCAUAAUAGAUACACAUAGACUUUGGAAAAAUCUGAUAUGAUAGGAUGAAAUCUGAUAUGUCCACCAGGCAUCAGGGGAGUUUGUAUAUAUGGAAAAUGAACUUAUGAAGCCAAAAUAUAGAUCAUUGUGAUUUAGAAAAUAUUAAUGAUGAAUUAAUUAUAGAUGGGAUGAUAUAAAUUGAUAGAACAUAGUCUUCUACUCCCUUCGUCCCUAUCUGUAUUCACCAUUUCCUUUUAAGGGAUCUUCCUCUAUGUGUGCUCCUAACGAAUUUGGCUACAUGGUCUACCCAUUUUACUAUCUCAUCUACUACAUAUUGUCCUACGACUGUACUUUUUCAUCAACUCCAUUGAACCAAAUACUAAAACCCAUGUAAACUCCUAUGGGGUAUACAAGUAAGGACAUAGGGAUUACUCUUUAUCAUUAGCCUUUUCCCGGUUUUACAUUUUACCUUCACAAUACGACAAAGCUGACAUAGUGCUGCUAUUCUGUUGCUUCACUAGCAAGUCGUACAAUUUUUUUAUUUUCUUAUGACUAUGUCCUAUAACAAAGGAAACUUUUCUUUAACUAUGGAGUCAAACAUACAAUAACAUUUAAGUGACUAAAUGAAAGUAAGUCGGAAGACUUUUUAAGGUUUUAUUUUAAUUGAAGUUGCUGCAUAAGAUGAUAUAAUGACCUAGUCCUAAUAGUCAAUUUUCAAUCAUCCUAUGGAGCUGCAUAGAAUACUAAUCAUCAAGAAGCUCAUAUGUGAAUGGGAAUUGAUCACUGCUCAUAAGCCGAAAAAGACUAUAAUAUAUACUAUAUAUAGACAUUCUUUCUGCCUUGUAAUCUAACCUUCCAACUGUAUCUCUGAAGAGAAGACAUAAUUAGUUGGCAGCCAAGCCUUUUGUCUUCAAUUUCCCAUAAUAGAAUGUCCCAAUCCCAGAGUUCUUUAAAGCUUUCAAUCUUGGACCUCUCCAAGACACCAAAUCCAUCUUCUUUGUCCUCUCUUUUGGAAGCCUGCAAAGAAUGGGGAUUCUUUCAGAUUAUAAAUCAUGGAAUAUCAGAAGAACUUUACAGCAACUUAUGCUCGUUUUCGAGACAAAUUUUCAGCCUUCCCUCUGAUACAAAACUCAAGCUCGGUCCUACAUCGUCUGUUAAGAGUUAUACUCCUCGGUUUAUAGCUUCUCCGUACUAUGAGGGUCUUCGAGUUUUAGGACCAGAUUUCUUUUCCUCUGCUGAAUGCUCUGGGAAAAUUCUUUUUAACCAGAAAAGUAAUGAAUUCAGUGAGGUGGUUCAAGAGUAUGGAGUCAUAAUGACAAAUUUAUCCAGGAGGAUUAUAGAGGUUAUAUUGAUGAGCUUGGGGGAUGGAUUUGAGAAGAAAUUCUAUGAAACGGAAUUCAGGAAAUGUUAUGGCUAUUUAAGGAUUAUAAAUUACACCCAACCAGGACCAACUCAGGAAGAAGUUGAAGGACUCGGGAAGCACACUGAUAUGUGCUGUAUGACGAUCUUGUAUCCUGACGAUGUCAGCAGUCUUCAGGUAAGAUCUAAGGAGGGAAAGUGGAUGGAUAUAGAACCUGUCAAGGGUAGUAUUGUGUUGAACAUAGGUGACAUGUUGGAAGCUUGGAGUAAUGGAAUCCUGAGGUCAUCUGAGCAUAGAGUCAUGUUAAGGAAACCAAGAGAUCGUCUUUCGAUGGCUUUCUUUUGGACCUUUGAAGAUGACAAGGUGAUCUUUGCACCCAAAGAGUUGGUGGGGGGAGGACCUCAAAAGAAAAGAGUUUUCAAGCCAUUUGUCUGCUCGGACUACGUCCGUUUCAGGGAGUUUGAUGACAAAGAGAAGUAUGACAAAGUGGGGAAUUCUGUUAGAGAUUUCGCAGGGAUAGGAGCUGAAAUGUAAAUGAUCAUAUGAACAAACCACAACCAUUAAAACUUUUUUAUAGUAAGAUCAGAAAGAAGAUGUUUCCUCGUCUAAUGUAUAUUGUAUAGUUAGUAGUACUACCGUUAUAUGUAUCAUGACUAAUUGUUGGUAUCUUUUGGAUAUUUGAUAUAGUGGAUCCCAUGUGACUUAGACUUGGGUGUUAUGUCGGAUAUGGGUACGUAUCGAACCAGACUCGGCUAUUUAAUGAAAUCUUUCUGUGAUUUUGGCCCAAAAUGAAACGUCCAAGUGUCCAUACCUAUGUCGGAGUGUGAGGACGCUACAUGGGUUGUUAAGAUAAUAUGAAGAGUGCGAGUAACAUAGGUGUGUUCUAACUGCGAUCCAUGAUUGCUUGCAAAUAAUUAUUCAACUACCUUUUGUUUUCUUUUUUGGUUCUUCUGUUGUAGAAGAGAAAGACAGAUCACGACAAAGUAAGGUUUAGUUAAUGGGCAACUUGGAAGUCUUUGACUUUGUUGCUUCUUUUAAAGGGAAUACUUAUGCCGUUAUGCGUUGUAGUUCCUUUCACAAUGAAAUAAAUAUAAAAGUACUAUUUGGUUUUUGUGCAUGAUUAUUUUGUGCAAAUGCUAAUUGUUAAUUCUGGUCUUACAUAUAUGCUUACAUCAACAUGAAAUGUUACAGCCCUGACUGCAACUCUGCAAGUCACACGAAGACAUGAAUUAUAAAACCUGAGCAAGUUGUUCAAAUUACAAUGUUUGUCAUUCUGCUACAUGCUCACUUAUGCAUAAGUUACUCAUUUUAUUCUUUUUGGUCCAUCCCAUUUCAUUUGCUCUUCAUAUCUCAUACUGUAAUUUUAUCCUUUUUUUUUUUAAUGGUAGGAUUAUGGCGCACCUGAUCCACCCACCUUUUCUUUCUAAUUUUUUUUACAUUUUGUAAAAAACCGUUGACCUUGUCUGGUAAGUUUUUGUGAGUUGACUGUUAGCCGGUUUACUUGGCUGGUUUGACCUGGAUGGUACUAAAGGGAGUUUGAGUCAGUGGUUAGCAUUAGCUUAUUAAAAGAUGUUUGGUAAAUACGUACUAGCUGUUAGCUAUUUAUAUGUUAAAUAAAUAAACAACUUGAAAGAAAAAGGGACAGAGGGAGUAUAAAUGUUGCUUCUAUUACAUUAUGGAAGCCCAGAAAAACAAUUCACCUACUUGGAAUGCUCUUUUGCAAAAUUAUGUUAAAAUAAGUCCUCAAGUUAUUUUUGACCAGAAGGUGUAUAUAAGGCUAGACAAUUACUGUGGCUGUGACCCGUAAUUUAAGGAGCAUAAUUUCAGAAACAGUUUGCCUUGUCUAAACUCCUCGCGGCAGAAUUUAUAAUAGUAUAGAUAUAGUGUGCACUGAAGUUGCUACCACACCAAAACAUGUGAUAAUAAAGUAAUAAACUAUAAAACUUACCUGGCCGCAAUUAGUUAGUUAAUUUUUCCCCAGUUGCUUACUAGGCUUGGCUUGUAAGUACAAGCUAUGUUUGUCUAGGGUUAAUUAAGGGCUUCGUUGACUUAACAUGCUCAUGUAUUUGAAUCUUUAUUGUUGCUUAUAAGGUUAGUUUUUUUUUCCCCUCAUCGUUCUACGCUCUCGUAUGGAUCGACAUGGAAUCUGUUAUUCAUAGAAAUUGUUUAUAUGUAUAAACAGUUAGAUUAAUACUAUAUGCUCGAAGCUAAGCUAUGAAGUUCUAGAUUAAACUAUAGUUGUAGCAUUAGUCAAAAGAAGCAAUGGUUCCACUUUUAAAUUCCUUAGACAUAUAGGAUACAGCUGGGCUAUGACUUAUCUGAAAGAUUUAAAACUAUCCUCUAUUCCUCCUUUCUCUUUCUUGAAGAGCAUAUAAGAUUGUUGCUUGAGUAAACUUAAGGCCAAUUAGAAGUUUCUUCCUCCUUGAUUGGUUCCUUGUGCUGAAAUCUUAUAGUUAUAUACACCUAGUGUGUAGCAUUUUUUUCAACAGUCAACAGACUAACCUUAAUGCGCCAAAUUGAAACGCAAUAAAAAUGUUAGAAAUGUCGCCUUUGAGUAGUUUGUUCCUUUAGAAUUUGAAAUUGAUUGGAACGACACAAGUCUGUCUCAUCAUUAGCCCAUAAUAUAUAACCAGGCUUAUAAUUUAGAUGAGACAUUAAGACAAAAGGUUAGACUUGUUUGAUCUUUUUCGUUCACAACUUUUUCUAUAGGGGAAGUCGACUGACCAUCUUUUUUCGCA